GCCAACUGCAUCUGAUAUCUAUGAUAAACUAUCAAGCUGGUAUCGGAUAUUAUAUAAUAGUAAUGCGGAAAAUAAAGAUGAAUUGGUCAUAUUAAAAGCAUUCCAGUCUGCAGAUGCAAUUAUCCCAACAUUAUCAAUUGAAUUGCCAAUUUGCUCUAAAGAUAAACUUACAACAUGA